AUGUCUUCAAACUCAGUUUCAUCUCAACCCCAACCUUCACAACAACCAGGUCUCCCUGUUCUUUCUUCCUUUUCCUCUUCGUCCCCUGCUCAACUGCGCGAACUGCAAAGCCUCAAGAUCGAGGCAGAGAACCUCCGCGCCAACCAAGCGCACCUCGAGCGGGAGCUCGAGACCAUUCGCCUCCAAAUCGCCGCCAAGGACAGCGCGAUCCUGGCCAAGAUGAAGGAACUUGAAGAACAAGCCUCCCGUGACGAGAUCACUGAGCGCCAGUCUGCCUUCAAGGCGACUGUGCUCGACAAUGUUGCCCUCAUCGAGGCACUUCGACGCAAGUGUCACGAAAACGCCAACUUGAAGACGGCGCUCGACAACAUUGUCAUGAAUCGAGCUACAUUCGAUGACAACAGCCAGUUCGGGGCGGCCUUGUUGACCGAGCUCUCUGGUGACGUGUUGCCCUUCCUUCACGAGGUUGCCGCUCGUGUCCUGGAAGCCGACAAUGUCAACACCAACGUACUGGACCCCGAGAUCACAGCACCUGUUGUCGACAUCGAUUCUGCAAGUGAAGUUGAUGACCAGGCUGAUCGUUCCUUCACACCACCAAGACGCUCGCCCAGCAUCAAGUCCGAGUCAAGCUCUACUCAAGCUUUUCCAAGCAUCCCCCAGGACGCGGAACAGGAACCUUACCUCAACACCACUGAAACAAUGUCACCAACAUCCUCAUAUCCUGAGCCACCAGUUGCACAAGGUCAAGGCCAAGCUUCAUUUGAACCUUAUACUCUACUUCAAGAUCAGCUUCUGCCUCAAACUCUGGUUCAAACUCCACCACUAGUUCAGACACCAUCUCUUGUUCAAACUCCACCUCUGCUUCAGACACGAACGCAAACUCCUGUCGCCAAUCUCAAUCCUGUUGCUAGGCGCGUCACUCCUGCCCCUGGCUUCGGCCAAGCUGCGAGUCCAGAACCACGAACCAUGUAUGCAAGCCAAACUCGCUUCUCGCUCAAGCCAAACCCACCAAUGAGGCCAGCGGCGAGUUCCCCAGAGCCUAACCAAGCAGGCAUUUCGCGUCUGCAGCGGGACUUCCCUGGUCUUCUUGACUCCCUGCGCAUGAGCGAACAGGCGCAACCCAGCCCUCCGCCUUCGAAGAGACGCGCUCGCGACUCCGUGGACACCGACAUGAGCGGCAAUAGAUCCUCGACUCCAGGAGGCAGCGGCGGGGUCAAACCACCGGCCAAGAAACAGAAGCUCGACAAAGAACCAGCAUACAUGCCUACUUUCGGAAUAUUCAUGAAGCAGCUUGAGACGGAGCAUCGACAGGGCAACAGCAUUGAAGAGAUGAUCACUUGCUCGCGGUGUGAACAGAUCAAACCCAAGUGCCGCAUCCUAAACUGCCUGCACCUGUACUGCCACAAAUGUGUCUUAGCGCUGCGGGCCGACGCCGAGAAAGGCAACCCUGUCACGGGCUUUCGAGCCUUCUGCGUCAAACAGGGCUGCAACGUCGAAGUCAGCGGCAAGACAUCGGUCGUCGAACCAGAGGCCAUGGCGUUCUUGAAAUGGUACAAUGAGCAACCUGCCAAUCUGACCGCCACAGUGGCGCAGAAGCAUGUCUUGGAGACAGCUCUCGAGGACUUUCCCGAAGACGAUGAAAUCGAGCGCAAGUUGGACCAUGUCAACGCCAAGGUCGACCAGUUGAACGCCACCGGUCAGCCAGACAAGUUGUGCGAUCUGGUGCAUUGUGUCAAGUUGGCCAGAAAGCCUUAUUGA